UUGUCAUCUGCAGGUCCUUGUUUGGGUGUUAGUGAUGUCUGCCAUCAAAGGAAAGAAGUGCACACGUAUAACCAGGAGGCUGAUUCUCUCGGUUUUAUUGACCAACAUCAUGUUGUUGCUGUACUGCCUCACGAACCCAACCCAAGUUAAGAUUAGGGACUCCCAGCAAGACACAUGUCCUCUAAGUAUGGUGAAAUUAUUGACGAAAAAUGUAAGCUCACCAUCUCUCAGCAUGUCAGAAGUUUGCUCCCCCAAAGUAAACAUCAUGUUCAUGAAAACCCACAAAACUGCCAGCAGCACCAUACUCAACAUCCUCUUCAGAUUUGGAGAAAAGCACAAGCUUAAAUUCGCCUUCCCUGAUGGCCGCAAUGACUUCUUCUACCCGUCACCUUUCCUCUGCUCCCAGGUGAAGGACUACAGGCCUGGAGACUGUUUCAACAUUGUUUGUAACCACAUGCGCUUUGACCAUCAGGAAGUAGCCAAGCUCCUGCCUCCAGAUGCUGUUUACAUCACCAUCUUACGUGACCCGGUGGAUCUCUUUGAAUCAUCUUUCAAUUAUUACCGCAGAGCAGUUCCUCUCACAUGGAAGAUCAAUGGAGAGAACCAACUGGUGGAGUUUUUGAACAAUCCUCACACCUUCUACAGCCCAGAGGCUUUCAACUCAUUCUACCUCAAAAAUCUGCUCUUUUUUGACUUUGGUUUUGACAACAACCUGGAGGGUGAUGAUCCUCGUGUAGUGAGGGAUAUUCAUAAGUUAUCAACACGUUUUGAUUUGGUUCUUGUAGCAGAAUAUUUUGAUGAGUCACUUAUCCUGCUCAAGGACACACUGUGUUGGACCAUGGAGGACAUACUGUAUUUUAAACUCAAUGCUCGCAGGAGAUCAUCUGUAUCUCGACUGACCCCAGAGUUGAGAGCCAAAGCUUUACAGUGGAACGGGGCUGACUGGAGACUCUAUCAGCACUUUAAUGCUACUUUCUGGGCAAGAGUUGAGGCGUAUGGGAGAGAAAGAAUGAAACAAGAGGUAAAAGAGCUCAGGAGAAGAAAUGCAGAGAUGAAGGCCAUCUGUAUUCAAGAUGGAGGUGCAGUGGAAGCUCAAAAUAUUCACGACAGUCGUUUCCUGCCCUGGCAGCCCGUUGGAGAGUCUUCCAUUCUUGGGUACAACGUGAAGCAAAUUAUUGAUCCACAAUACAGGGAAAUCUGUGAAAAAAUGCUCACACCUGAAAUACAAUACUUGUCACAGCUGGGCGUAAGCCUGUGGCUGACUAGACUAUGGGGUUGGUUCAAAGAUACCGUUUUUGGAGAUUGAAUUGGACUAAAUUGUUUUACGUGUUUACUUUAGCAGCAAGCUGGAGUCCAUUUUGUUAUUGUACCUACCUUUGAAAUAAUAUGAUACUUGAGAU